UCCCCUCAGCUGCUCAGAAAAGGUGUGUUCGGCGUGACGUCACGCCUGUACCUGAGUUUCGGUGAGGAGAGAGGAAGGGCCAAGCCGCGGUGAACAACACGCCGAGAUAAAUUGUUGUUAUUCUCACCCAUCUUCGUCCAAGUGAUUCGCGGUUAACUUUUUCGUAGAGGGAAUCUGUAGGAGUUUGGCCAUUUGCAGAGGAAACACGUCUUUAUCUCCAGCUGCUGGUUAGCAGGCAGUCGAGGGCAGACCUCUCCGACUUCCUGGUUCGCCACAGUCAGGAUGUCGGUCACCCCUCGACGUGUCCGUCUGAAGCCCUGGCUGGUCGCUCAGGUGGACAGCGGCCGAUACCCGGGUCUGGUGUGGAUUGACCGUGAGGCCAUGCGCUUCAGGAUCCCAUGGAAACACGCUACACGACACACACCCCAGCACGAGGACGAGGACACCAUAUUUAAGGCGUGGGCUGUGGAGACCGGGAAGUUCCAAGAGGGAGUUGAUGAACCGGAUCCUGCGAAGUGGAAAGCUCAGCUCAGAUGUGCCCUGAACAAAAGUCGAGAAUUUAACCUAGUCUAUGAUGGCACCAAAGAGGUCCCCAUGAAUCCUUUGAAGAUCUAUGAUGUCUGCGAAAUCCCACAGCCCCUCAGCAACCAAGGCUCUUCAGACGCUGGUUCAUGGACUCCGCAUGAGGAAGAUGGUGGAGAGGAAGAUAUUCCAGAUACACCAGAGUCUCUCCCUCCAUACCCAUCCAAUGGCACCAGUCCUUCUCCUCUCAUUAUGUGGUCUCCCAGGAGCUCAGAGCCCUCCAUGCAGCCUUCCAGUUGUCCCCCUUCUAAUGGGGUCUGGCCCAAAGAGGAGCCUGUUAAAAUCUGGCCUAAAGAGGAGCCUGUGGAUGUGGAGAUGCACCCCACACCCCUGAUUGACAUGCCUUCUGCUCCUCUGCCUGAUCACUCAAUGCAGCCCCCUCCUCUACCCGACGCCAUGUUUGCCUCUCCAGAAAUGUGGAUCAGUUCCCUCCCGAUGACAGACCUGGAGGUACAAUUCCUGUACAGAGGGAAGGAGAUGUGUCCCACCGCAAAUGUCAGUAACCCGCAGGGCUGCAGGCUGUUCUACGGAGACCUCGGCCCUAUGGUCAACCAGGAGGAGCUGUUCGGGCCAGUUAACCUGGAACAGCUGCGCUUUCCGACCACAGAGCACAUUACCAACGACAAGCAAAGGGUUUUCACUAACCGCCUGCUGGACGUGAUGGACAGAGGCCUAAUCCUGGAGGUCAGUGGUCACGAUAUCUAUGCAGUGCGUCUCUGCCAGUGCAAGGUGUACUGGUCUGGUCCUUGUGCUCCAAAUCCAAAUGCUCCAAAUCUUAUAGAGCGCCAGAGGAAGGUCAAACUCUUUUGCUUGGAGUCUUUUCUCAGUGGAGUGAUAACCCACCAGCGCAGCCAGACAUCAACCCCUCCUCACUUUGAAAUCAACUUGUGUUUUGGAGAGGAGUGGCCCGAUGGGAGGCCCAAAGAGAGGAAACUUAUCAUGGUUCAGAUUGUUCCAGUGGUGGCCCGUAUGAUAAGCGAGAUGUUUUCUGGAGACAACACGCGAUCCUUCGACAGCGGCAGUGUUCGCCUGCAGAUCUCAAUCCCAGAUAUCAAAGACAACAUAGUGACCCACCUAAAGCAGCUGUACUGCCUGCUGCAGACCCACCAGGGCCAGGACGGCUGGGCAUUGCCUCCCAGCUCAGGCCUGAACAUCGUCCAGGCUCUGCAGGCACAGUGAAGCAGCCCGCACUGUGAACUGAACAUAUAUCACUUUAUGUUUUUACACUGCUAUUGAGUUACCUACUGUUAGCAAAGAAGUACUUAUGUGUAAUCAUAUUUAGAAGUGUGCACACCAUACUGUAGGAUUCUUAUUCUUUUCUCUAGCAAUGUGCUGUGACAAUGCUGAUUCUGUAUAUAGAAGUAGUGCUUUCAAGCCUUGAUCACUCUACAUUAACUGGCCGUAACCAUAGACGAAUGUGGUGGCUGCAUGAGCCAAAGUCCUGCUUGCUGAAAGGGAACAUUUAACGUAGUUAAUGAGUUACAGAAAUCCUCCUGUGCUUUAUUUAUCCAAAACGGGUCAGUGAUUACCAACUUUGCUGGAUUCAAGAAACGGCACAGAAUACCUUUUGACCUCCAUAUCAAAUGUUUUGAUGUUGGAUAAACUCUAGGCAAAUAAUUUAAGUAUGGAUGGUUUUCUUCCAUUCAUUUAUGACUAAACGGUCCAUCUGUACUCUGCUGUUUGGGAUCCAUUUAUUCUGCCAGUACAUGUAAUUAGGUGUUUCAAUUGUUUAUAACAAAUGUUUGACAAAAUGUCUUUCCAUUUGACAGAAGUAUCAGUUUUCUGGUUACCUGGCCUAGUUUUGUCUUCAGUUUUAUUUUUACAUCUAUAUUGGCAGAUAUUUUUGUAUUCAUAGCUUUGAUUUUAAGCCAUUUAUUAUAUCCAGGCAACCAUUUAACUAAACAUUCAGCUAUAUUUAUCUGUUUUAUUAUAGAUGCCACUGCACUUUGGGCUGCUGAAUAAUGUUUUCACAUCUAGCUGAAUUAAUUCUGUGAUUGUAGGUUUAUUUUAUCAAUAAAAAAAAUGUCAAAAUAAA